AGAGGCGACGGCCCAGUCCGCAGCCAUGGUGGUGUUCCUGGGCCGCCAGCUCCCGGCCCUCCUGGGGCUCUUUAAAAAGAAGGGCUCUGCCAAGGUCGAGAGUGACAAGCACCUCAGUGUCGGGUCCGGCCAGGGCCCCGGGUCCCUAGCAGAUGAGCACCAGGACAAUGUCUUCUUCCCCAGUGGGCGACCACCUCACCUGGAAGAGCUGCACACGCAGGCCCAGGAGGGGCUCCGUUCCCUACAGUACCAAGAGAAACAGAAACUGAGCAAGGGUGGCUGGGACCAUGGAGACACCCAGAGCAUCCAGUCUUCCCAGACCGGGCCAGAUGAGGACAGCAUCUCCUUCUGCAGCCAGAGCACAUCCUACACCGAGAGCUCCACGGCAGAGGACGCGCUCUCCAUCCGCUCAGAGAUGAUCCAGCGCAAAGGCUCCACCUUCCGACCCCAUGACUCCUUCCCCAAAUCUGGAAAGUCGGGCCGGCGGCGGCGGGAGCGGCGCAGCACGGUGCUGGGGCUGCCGCAGCACGUGCAGAAGGAGCUGGGCCUGCGGAACGAGCGCGAGGCCCCGGGUACCCCUCGGCCUCCUGGGCCCCGGGACGCUGUGCGAAUCCCCACGGUGGACGGCCGCCCCGAAGACCCCGCCUCAGGGUCCGGGGCCCGGGUGUCCCUGCAGGCCCUGGAGGUGGAGGCCGACGCUGAGGCAGAGGCCAGGCUGCAGCGCCACAUCGACCGUGUCUACCGCGACGAUACCCUUGUGGGCAGGUCCACGGGGCCGCGGCCCCCGCUGCUGAGCCGGCCCAUGUCCCUGGCGGUGCCUGGAAUGACGGGAGGGGCCGGCCCUCCGGAGCCCCUGAGCCCGGCCAUGUCCAUCUCGCCGCAGGCCACGUACUUGUCGAAGCUGAUCCCGCACGCCGUGCUGCCGCCCACCGUGGACGUGGUGGCCCUGAGCCGCCGCAGCGUGCGCACCCUGAGCCGCUGCAGCCUGCUCUCCGCCAGCCCGGCUUCCGUCCACUCGCUGGGCCGCUUCUCCUCGGCCUCCAGCCCGUGGCCCCGCAGCCGCCACCCGUCCUCCUCCAGCGACACCUGGAGCCACUCUCAGUCCUCUGAGACCAUCGUGUCCGACGGCUCCACUCUCUCCUCCCAGGGCGGCUCUGAGGGCCAGCCGGAGGGCUCUGUGGCUAGCAACAGCGUGGCGCCUCCGCCCCAGGGGGGCAGCGGGCGGGGCUCUCCCAGUGGGGGCAGCACCGCUGAGGCCUCAGACACUGUCAGCAUUCGGAGCACCGGGCAGUUGUCUGGCCGCAGCGUGUCCCUGCGUAAGCUGAAGAGGGCCCCACCACCGCCCCGCCGGACCUACUCACUCCAUCAGCGGGGCGCGGCGGCCCCCGAUGGGCCCUUGGGGUUGCCUCCUAAGCCCGAGCGAAAGCAGCAGCCGCAGCUGCCCCGGCCACCCACCACCGGUGGGCCAGAAGGGAUGGGGGCAGCACCCUGCUCAGCCAGCUCAGCAGGCAGCUGGGUGUCUGGCUCCUCUCCAGGAGGCUCCCGGCGCCCCCCACGCUCCCCAGAACGGACGCUGUCGCCCUCCAGUGGCUACUCGAGCCAGAGUGGUACCCCUACCCUUCCUCCCAAGGGUCUGGCUGGGCCCCCUGCGUCCCCAGGCAGGGCCCAGCCCCCUAAACCAGAGCGUAUCACUUCCCUUCGAUCUCCUGGGGCUUCUGUCUCCUCUUCCCUCACGUCUCUAUGUUCCUCUUCCUCUGACCCAGCCCCUUUAGACCGCUCUGGUCCACACACCACCCUGGGUGACAGGUUUGUCAUCCCCCCUCACCCCAAGGUGCCUGCCCCCUUCUCCCCACCUCCCUCUAAGGCCAAGAGCCCUAACCAGGCCGCUCCUGCUCCGGCUGCCUCUGCUAUGAUCCCUGGGCCUGCCGCUGCUGCUGCUGCUGGUCCUGAGUCUCCUUCCCCACCGACUCCCCAGACAUCCCUGGCCCCACCUCAGGGGUCCCCGAUUACCUCCAAAGACCAGUCACCCCCACCAUCCCCACCUCCCUCUUAUCAUCCACCCCCACCACCUAUUAAGAAGCCUGAGGAGGCCCCGUCUGCCCCAGAGACUGCUGAGGAGCCCCUCCCAGACCCCAGCUGGCCCCCACCCCCUCCUCCUGCAGCCGAGGAGCAGGACCUGUCCAUGGCUGACUUCCCCCCACCAGAGGAGACCUUCUUCUCUGUGGCUGGCUCUGAGCCUGCAGACCCCUCAGGCUUCCCGGAGCCGGUCAGCUCCUCAGCUGCUUCACCUUCCUCUGCUACCAUCUCUUCCCAGAUCCAGCCCCACUGUGUCCCAGACCCCCCUCCAGCUCCACCAACCCCACCUCCUGCUGGUUCUGUCAAGGGGCUGGUGACCAAACCUCCUCAGAAGGAGCCAGUGGGCUGCAGCAAAGGCAGUGGGGCUCCCAGGGAGGACGGUGGUACGCCCCUGGUCACGCCCUCACUCCUGCAGAUGGUACGCCUUCGCUCUGUGGGUGCUCCUGCGGGAGCCCCUGCAUCAGGGCCAGCGGCCCCCCAGAAGCCACUACGAAGGGCCCUCUCGGGGCGGUCCAGCCCAGUGACUGCCCCGUCCUCAGGGCUCCAUGCUGCUGUCCAACUCAAGGCCUCCAGCCUAGGUGCCAGCAAGGGCCCCGCAAGUGCCCAGCCCAAUGGACCACCUGAGGCAGAGCCACAGACUCCCCAGCCCCCUGCCUCUGCGGCCAGCUUUAUCUUCUCCAAGGGCACUAAGAAAAUGCAGUUGGAGCGGCCUGUGUCCCCAGAGAACCCGGCUGACCUCCAGCGGAGUCUGGUGACUGAACUUCGGAAUAUCUCGGAACAGCGGUCACCCCAGACCACCAAGAAGUCGCCUAAAGCUCCUCCACCUGUGGCCCGCAAGCCUGUGGGAGCCCCCUCACCCAAUUCCCCCAGCUUUCCUCGGGCUGAGCCCCUUACUACUCCUCCCACCAAUGGGCUCCCUCAUGUUGAGGACAGGACUAAGGGGGAGCUCGCAGAGAAUGGAGGUGUCCAGUCUGUGAGCCCAGCGGAGCAGAAGAUGGGCCUGCCCAGCUCAGACCCACAGAAAGAGCUGUCCUGACCGCCAGGCACCCACCGGCACCGCGGACCCAUCCCAGGAAUACAAUCUCAGGGACCUGAGCAGCUCCAAGGAUGAGAGGAUACGGCAGACACAACCUGAGAGGGAGGAUGCCUGCAGCCUUAACCUCCUCUGCCUUUGAUAUUUAUGCAAGCCUGAUGUUGACCCUGUCCUCCAAGUCAUCCUGCUCUCAUGCCUUCUGGAAUCAUCCACCCCUUCACCCAUGGCUGUGGCCUUAGCCUCAUGUUGAAGGAGGUAGCUGGUAGAAGUGGCGGCUGCGCCCCCUGCUGGCCCUGCGGCCACAGAGCUGGUGGAACACUUCCCCCCCCCCCCCAUAUUCAAUCAUGCACAUACUGUCUAGUCCAGAAUCAAAGCACUUUGGAAAGUGGCUGCGUGUCCAUCCUCCAGGGCCCAUGAAACCGCAUUCCAAGGGCCUGUUUACAUGGCAGCAGCACCCAUCCCUGGGAGCCAUCUCAUAGCUGGGACCCAUCAGUCCCUUCCUCUAAUCCAGUUUAUUCCUUUCCUUAGUUCUUGGAGGCGGGCAAGUCACUGUAUUCCCACAGGCUUCUCCAGGCUGGAGACAGGAGCGGGUGUGUGGAUUUCCAAAGCACAAUGGGUGCAGUGGAGAUUAGUCUUCCUGUGCCUCAGUUUAACCACCAACCACCCUCCUGCCUUCCAGUUCUGCCAGGUGCUCCAUGCUGGGGACAAGAAUUUGGAGACUGCCAAGGCCCAGAAAGGUGGGGGAGAAAACCACGGGGGUGGUCCAUGGGUUCCCUCUAACGUCAGUAGGGAGUCAAUUCAGUAGGCCGUUGGCAAUACCAAGCAUCUGCCCCUCGUUUCACUUGAUCAGGUUGGGGUGGGCGCAGUUCUUCAGAGGCACGAGCCCAUAGGCUGUGGCAAAGCUGCAUCCUUCCAGCGCUGCCAGAAAUACCGAGGAGGUGGGUGGAGGGGCUGGCUGCAGGGAGGGCUUACUUGGACCGUGGGCUCUGAACUGGCCCUCUGGAUUUCAUCCUGACCUUCCUCUUGACUCAUUCUGGUGCAUGUCCUUUCUGCAGCUGCCUGUCAGCACAGGUGGCUCUCCUGGGGGAGCUGAUGGAUGCUCCAUAACAAGAUGGGAACCCAAAGGUGCAUCUGUUCCUAGACUCCUAGUCAAUGAAGGGGACACUCAGUGCUCCCAGGGGGCACUCCUGGUGGUUGCUCCCUAGACAUCAGUCCCUAAACUGCUAUUCUCCAGGAAUUUUAAAGGCUUAUGUUCAGCUGGUACCACCUCGCUAGGUAAGUUGGCUUCCCCGUGGGUCCUUGUGACUCUGCAGGGUGGCUGCCAGCAGGGCCACCCCUUCUGUCUUGAUUCCUCUGAACGGUGACUUGGGUUUGAGCUUGGCAAGGAACCUCGCCUUUAGUGUUUCUCUUCUGCCAAGGAUGGAGAUGACCCCCCCCCCCAGAAUGAGACCUGGGAAUGUCGGGGAUGUGGUGCAAGCCCAGGUGCCUCGGCCCUCUCUUGCUGCCCUCCUCUUCCCAGCAAGAAACCUGUUGGGUGGGUGACGGCCGCUGCUGGGCUUGUGCAGCACCUGCCGGGGGCUGGUGGGCGGCAGUAAGUGCUGCCUCACUGCCGCUCAGCGCUUGAUUGCCCACCUCACCCUGUGCCCCCAGCAGGGCAAAGCUCUAGGAAAGCAGGCUUUGGUCACCACCUUGGAGGGGGGCCCCCCAACUGUGGUGUCUCUUUCCACUCGUCACUGUGGCUCCUUUUUAGAACCCUUUGGGGUGGCUGCCCCUGGAUGAGACUGUACAGAGAAGGGAGGAUCUAGAAGAGGCAACUCUGUUCUUUGGGGUAAAUGAGCUUAACUUGGUGCAAAUGUAGACCAAAAGCCUGAUUUUUAAUUUCCAUUAAAAUGUUAGAGUAUAUAUAUAUACACAUAUAUAUACACACACAUAUAUAUAUUUCUUUAAAUUUUUGAGUCUUUGAUAUGUCUAUCCAAACAACCCAUCCCCUCUGUCCUGAAGCCUGAGUGAGACACAUGGGAGAGCUGUGUUUCGUUCAGACAGUAAUUAAACAAUUAAAUCUUG